AUGGCUGCAAAUCGCACGACAGACGACAAAAGAACAUCCAAUUUCCUUUCACCCUCUUCCUCCGGUUUGGCACGUGCUUUUCCAUUAGAGAAGCGAGCAGAAGCACAAACAUUGACGAUUUCAGGACAAUCUGUUCGCGAAUCAAAGUUUGGAUUAGGUGUUUUCAUCGAGAACAACAUCAAUUAUGGAACUGAUGGUGGUAUCUAUGCAGAAUUAAUCCGUAACCGUGCUUUUCAAGAUGGAGGCAACUCGGACAAUGUUGGAUCAGGAACUCUUGAAUUUUGGUCUGAGAACGGGGAUGCAAGUUUAACCUUGACAGAAGAAAGUCCUUUAUCUGAUGCAUUGCCAAAUGUUUUUCCACCAACAUGGGAAGGUACGACUGCCCGUCAAGAUCUCGCACAACUACUUGCCGAUCUUAAACCAAUUUAUUUCCGUUUACCAGGUGGCAAUACGCUGGAAGGAAAUUCGCUUAAACAAAGAUUUGUUUGGAAUAAUACCGUUGGAAGCUUGCCAACUCGACCAGGCAGAAAAGGAACUUGGGCCGGGUGGGAUACCGAUGGCUAUGGAUUACAUGAGGCGUACGAUUUAUUCACAAAGAUGGGAGCAGAGCCAAUCUUGGGCGUUUUUGCUGGAUAUACGUUGAAUGGAGUGGCAGUUCCACAAGAUCAAUUACAGCCUUACGUUGAUUCAGUCUCUGAUGAGAUUAAUUAUUUGACCGAUACUUCAGGCACCUGGGCCGACAAACGUACAGCUGAUGGCCAGGCAGAUCCUUGGAAACUUCCCUGGGUCGAAAUUGGUAACGAAGAUUACUUGUCUACGGUCGGUAAUGAUACGUAUAAUGAAUAUCGAUAUGAUGCAUUCAGUGAAGCUGUCAAAUCUGCAAACAAUCAACCUGGCAUCAUCUCUAGCUCUGCUUAUUAUACACCAAAAGAUAAAUUACAAGCAAUCGAUCAACACGAUUAUGACGUCCCACAAAGCCUCAUUCAGCGCUGGUCCGAACGUGAUUCAUGGCCGAGAAAUGGUACACAAAUUCCGGAAUUAGAAUUCAGUGCAUUGAAUAGUGGUCUAUGCUCUGGCGACAUUUAUAACAAUGAAUGCCGAUUGAAAGACCCAACACUAAUGGGAGCACUUUCAGAAGCUACAUUUAUGAUGGGUUUGGAGAGAAAUGGUGAUAUAAGCUUUUCGGCAAUGUAUGCGCCUUUGUUCAAAAAUGAAGCAUCAUCACAAUGGACUCCGGAUUUAAUCGCUUUUGAUAUCUUGAAUAGUGUCAAAACGACUUCAUACUAUACACAGUAUGGCUUUGGUAACAAUCGAAUCGCUCAAGUGCACAAUGUUACUGCAACUAUGGCUCCUGGUCCAGUUUAUUGGAGUGUAGGCACACCACAAGAGAAACCAGAUCAAUUCGUUAUCAAACUGACAAAUGUCGAAGACUCACCCCAAGAUGUUGUCAUUCAGUUAGAGAAUGGAAAAGCAUUCACCCUAUCUGAUGAAGCUCAAUUAUGGCAAAUGGCGGGUACAGAUGCUCAAGCGGCUAAUACCAUCUCUUCACCCAACACGAUCGUACCUACGCAACGUGCUAUCUCUGCCUCGGAUCUCGUAAACGGUGCCUUACACCUCACUUUGCCAGCCUAUUCCUUUGCUAUUGUAAAUAUCAACUCUUCAUAA